GGGGAGCUAGUCACUCAGCCAGCAGCCCCUCCUUUCUUGCCCUAGUCUCCAGUCCUCCAGUAUUCACAGGUGAGCUCCCCAACGGCCACCGUUCAGGAUGGAGGCCAUCAAGAAAAAGAUGCAGAUGCUGAAGCUGGACAAGGAGAAUGCUCUGGAUCGGGCAGAGCAAGCAGAAGCUGAGCAGAAGCAGGCAGAAGAAAGAAGUAAGCAGCUGGAAGAUGAGCUGGCAGCCAUGCAGAAGAAGCUGAAAGGGACAGAGGAUGAGCUGGACAAGUAUUCUGAAGCUUUGAAGGAUGCCCAGGAGAAGCUGGAGCUGGCAGAGAAGAAAGCAGCUGAUGCUGAGGCUGAGGUGGCCUCCUUGAACCGUAGGAUCCAGCUGGUUGAAGAGGAGCUGGACCGAGCUCAAGAGCGCCUGGCCACUGCCCUGCAAAAGCUGGAGGAAGCUGAGAAAGCUGCUGAUGAGAGCGAGAGAGGUAUGAAGGUUAUUGAAAACCGAGCCUUAAAAGAUGAAGAAAAAAUGGAACUCCAGGAAAUCCAACUCAAAGAAGCUAAGCACAUUGCAGAAGAGGCAGACCGGAAGUAUGAAGAGGUGGCUCGUAAGUUGGUGAUUAUUGAGGGAGACUUGGAACGCACAGAGGAGCGGGCCGAGCUGGCAGAGUCUAAGUGUUCUGAGCUGGAGGAGGAGCUGAAGAAUGUCACCAACAACCUCAAGUCUCUUGAGGCUCAGGCGGAGAAGUACUCUCAAAAAGAAGACAAAUAUGAGGAAGAGAUAAAGAUUCUUACCGAUAAACUCAAGGAGGCAGAGACACGUGCUGAGUUUGCUGAGAGAUCGGUAGCCAAGCUGGAAAAGACAAUUGACGAUUUGGAAGAUGAGCUCUAUGCCCAGAAACUGAAGUACAAGGCCAUUAGCGAGGAGCUGGACCACGCCCUCAAUGACAUGACCUCUAUAUAAUUAUCACCGUUUCUGCUCUGUUCUGGAUCUACCCCUUUCCUCGGGGAACCCAACGCCCCACUCUCGCUCUGGAUUCCAUUUGGGUCAGCCUGGCUGAUCCCCAAGGCAUUAAGAUGGGCGGGGGGGGAGGUGGCCACAAAACAACUUAUGUAUUCUCUUCCACCCCUCACCCCAAAUUAAAAUGUUAAGCUGCCGGAAGCCUCAUGCCACCCUGCAUUUGUGUCAUUGACAAAGCUGCUGCUGUCCCUAAAAAGGAGCCUUGGGGGUGUGAUGUGGGGCGCAGCUAUUGUAGGCUCUCCCUUCUCUGACUUAUAUAAUCAAAGCCACUUUUGUGUGUGUCUAUUUUUUCUUGACAUUUAAAUUCAACUGAUCUAUCAGAGUGGUGGACUAGGAGAGGUUCCUUAGAAUAGGAGCUCUAGUUUGACACUCAAGCUGAGUGAAAUUAUCCAAGUCCUUUACUUCCAGGUUCUUAAAUCAUCCUAUCUGGAAUGUUUGUCUUCUCCUUAGGUUCUUCUUUUAGAGACCACUGAAGUACCUCUCAAUAUAUCCUCUCUACCCUUUUACCAGUGGUUCAUCCUCAGAAUACACGGUGGACCCAAAUAUGUGACUGCUGAAAUUGACUAAGUAUAUUGCCACAAGUCAGAGAAAGUACAUAAUAGGUAGAAUUUCCAGCAGUUAUAAACCUUUCUUACAUAUUUGAGGCUCACUACUAUUUGCCUGCUAGUAUAUGCUAGUGGAAUGUAAGUGAUAAAUGAUUGUUACUAGAAAAAUGAAAACAAUCAGUCAUGCAUAUUUCAAAUGUUAUACACAGGUACCAUGUUUUUUAGUACAUGCAUAAAUAUGGUAAAUUGCUUCUAGUAGGAUUGUUCCUAAAUUCAUGUUGUGGAAUUAAAUAUCAACCUUCCGGAAAUUCCUUUGCUGAUUUACAUAGCAGAGAUAGUUUAAUCUGGGUAGUGUAAUCAUUGAUUAUACUUAUCUAAGCACUUAAGUGUAAUCCACUUAGUACUUCAGUUUCUCAGCACAGUAUAUAUUUAAAAUUUGGCUUUCUUUUAAACAGAUAUGGCCAGGUAUAGAGGUUUUCUCUAAUUUAAAACGUUAGGUCCCAUUAAAUUCAGUUUUCUUUCUGUCUAUACCAUUUCUUUUUGCCAUACAGCCUUUGUGAUUAAGGUACAGAUUAUUACUAGUUUGGGCACAGGGUAUUAAGAUGGAGGCAUCUUCCUUACUCUCAGGUUGCUCAUAAUCUAGUAGGACAGAAAAUAUAUGUAUAAAACUAAAGAUGAUGUGUGAUGAGUACCCCAAAUAAUCAAGUACCCUCAAGAGGGAGGAAGAGGUUGAUUGCAGUGUUGAUGAUAAGAGAAGUGUCAUGAUAGGAGGCACAUACAAGUUACUUAAUAAACAUGUUGAAACUUU